UUAACAGUACAUGCUAAAGCUUAAGCACACUGCUUAUGUCACUCUAAGACUUAAUUUUAUGGUACCUUAUAAAUAAUAUUAAACGAGUUUUUCAAAGGGAUUUCUAAAACUUAAUAAAACACAUUCAACUCGAGAGAAUGGAUUUUGAAUUCAAGUUAUAGUUUCAUUAGAGAAAGGAGCAAAAAAGGAGACAAUAUAAAACUCGCGCAUUUUGAUAACGUGAAAAUGGCAUCUACCCCUAGUCCAUCUCCUUUGAUUUACCUAUACACAAAUGACAUACCGGUAUGGCUGCAGGUUGUGCUUGGUAUCACAGCGGUGGCUGCGGCAUUGUUGCUCCUCACCUGCUUGACGCUCUGUUGUAUGAGAAUGUGCGGAUGCUGGACUGGAAACAUUUUGGGGGUAGGGGCACUGCGUAGGCCAACGGACGACACCGAUCACAUUGGCUGUUGGUGUUGCCGACCAGCGAUUGUAUCGCAUAGACCGGAUGGACAAAUAUCAUAUACAAAUGUUUACGGAAACCGGAGAUCAACUCCGUCGACUCCGGAUGGCGUUUGGAUGCCACAUGCUAAACCUGUGCGCAGCAACAACAACAGUACCAAAUAGCAUGGAUAUUCCUAAAAUGCUUGAGUUAUAAUAUUUUAUGUUUCAAGUUUUGGUACAUGAUUAUAUUGAGAACUUUUGUAUUGAUUGCUAAUAUUUAUAGAAUUUUGUAAUUAAAAGUAACAAAAUAAAAUAUCAGUCACUCAGAAAGUAAUUGUAUGGGACUAUUGUGUUUAUGUGCUUUAUUAAAAGUAUUUUUUUGCAUUUCCCUGUUUUAUGAAUGCAUGAGAAUGUAUUCGUCAUAUUUUGGUUUUUAAUUGUAUCAUUUUGAAAAUGAAGAAUAAGAGUUUCUAAGUAGUUUUGUUUUUGGGAAAAUUGAAACUUAUUUGACUUUUUUCAUCCCAAUCUGAAUAAAGAUAAAA